AUGAUAUCUAUCGACUUUGAAAAGAAGCGCCAGGACUCUGCUGCCCUGAAAGAGUGGGUGAGCAAGAACCAGCGCGAGGUCACCAGAUCAUCUGCUGCUGCUCUCAACGACCCCAAUUUUCAGUCGGUCGCGCAUCUCAUCAAGACGAGCGAGAGCAGAAAGAUCAUCGCUACACCUCGAGAGUAUCAGAUUGAGCUCUUUGAGCGGGCCAAGCAGAAGAAUACCAUCGUGGUUCUGCCCACUGGUACCGGCAAAACACUCAUCGCGGCGUUGCUUCUUCGACAUUACCUCGAGCAAGAAAUGGAAGAUCGAGCUAUUGGAAAGCCAAAGAAAGUUGCCUUCUUCCUGGUCGAAAAGGUUGCCCUCUGCUACCAACAAUAUGCCGUCCUCAACUGCAACCUCGGCGAGCACCCUAUCACCAAGUUCUGGGGCAACAUGAAAGGCAUGGUGAGGAAGAAGCAGUACUGGGAUCAACAGUUUAGUGAGAACAUGGUUGUUGUCUGUACGGCCCAGAUCUUGGUGGACUGCCUUAAUGAUGGGUUCAUCAAGAUGUCGCAGAUCAACCUCCUCAUCUUUGACGAGGCGCAUCACGCCAAAAAGGAUCACCCCUAUGCCCGCAUCAUGAGAAAUCACUACAUCCGCUACCAGGGAGAGCGACCACGGAUUCUCGGCAUGACAGCUUCGCCCGUCGACUCGCAGACAAAGGACGUGAAAGCAGCUGCCCUCGAGCUGGAAACCUUUCUUUGCAGCGAGAUUGCUACUGUUUCCAACGAAUUUCCAGAAGACGCAAAGACGCAACUAUGGGACUUGAUAUGGGCCCAAGUCCUUCGUAAUUCACAGUUCAAGGCAUCACUCGAAUUCACCAAGGAAGCUGCAUCAACACUUGGCAGCUGGUGUGCUGAUCGAUACUGGAUCCUCCUUCUCACCGACAAUGAGACCAAGCGGCUUGUGGCCAGGACUGAUCGCGACUUUUCUAGGGACUUUGCGACAAACCAGGCAGACCACGCGACAGAAGCUGUUCGACGUGUCCGAGACAUUGUCAAGAAGCGUGAACUCCCCCCGAUUGAGCCAUCUUCGCCUGAGCUAUCUCCCAAGAUGAAGAAGCUACACGAAAUUUUGUUGCAUGCCUUCACGCGAGACAGCACCAAAAGGUGCAUUGUGUUUGUCGAGAAGAGACACACGGCUUGGCUUCUUUCGGACCUGUAUCAGCAGCAAGGAAUGAGGAUUCCAGGAAUGGUCGCCUACUACAUGAUUGGUUCCCAAUCAGCUUCAUCAACCCACAGCAACAUGUCACAUCGCGAUCAAGUCGUGACUCUCCAAAAGUUCAAGCGAGGCAGCAUCAACUGCCUCUUUGCGACCACUGUCGCUGAGGAGGGCAUCGACGUUCCGGACUGCGAUCUCGUGAUCCGCUUCGACCUCUACAACUCGGUCAUCCAGUAUCUACAGUCCAAAGGGCGGGCAAGACAGUCAAACUCGAGAUACAUUACCAUGCUAGAGGAAGGCAAUAUGGGACAGCUCAGAAGCCUGAAGCAGGCAGAGAGAGACUCUACAGCCCUACAAAAGUUCUGUUUAUCCCUUCCGGCCGACAGGAAACUGGAAGACGAUGUAGUGGACGCCGUUCAAGAUGAACUGUUGGUCCAGAAAGUGUACGAGAUACCUUCGACCGGUGCUCGACUCACCUUUGCACACAGCAUGGACGUCCUUUCCAAGUAUGCUGCAUCUAUUACUCCAGGAGUCUCCUCCAAGGUCGAAUUCACAGUCACCAAGCUUGGCCCAAAGUUCAUCGCCGAUGUCAUCCUCCCAGACGCCUCGCCCCUCAAGGCAAUGUCGGGGUUUCCGCAGCGAAGCAAGCUAUUGGCUAAAUACUCUGCAGCCUUUGAGGCUUGUGUGAAGCUGAUCAAGGACAAGCACAUUGACGGACAUCUUCAACCCACUCUAAGCAAGACGAUUCCCAGGAUGCGGAAUGCUCGACUUGCUGUGAGCUCCAACAAGAAGGCCGAAUACCCCAUGCGACUUAGACCCGAUGUCUGGAAGUCGCUUGGGGAUUGCAAGGAGCUCUUUUCGACUAUCAUUACGCUUGACAAUCCAGGGGCUCUUGGAGAAGACCUGCUUAGUCGACCUCUGAUGCUUCUUUCGCGAAACAAACUUCCGGAUCUCCCUGGAGUACCCUUAUUCUUUGGGAAUGGGCGCUCGUCUGUGGCCAAACUGACAGUUUCCGAAGAAUCUCUGAAGCUAACUAGCGAGGAGAUUGACGCCCUCACCAGAUUCACCCUCAAGCUCUUUUCUGACGUGUUUAGUAAAGAAUUUGAUGCUAGCGCCGAUCGGCUUCCUUACUUUCUGGCUCCUUGCAAAGAUGGUCACAGCUCGGUUUCCCAAGCGGUUGACUGGAGUAUUGUCGAGGCCACCAAGAACGACAGCCUCCCUUGGGAAAAUGCCCCGAAAGAGUUCUUUGUAAACAAGUUUGUCACCGACCCCUACGACGGAGGACGCAAGCUUGUCAUCAAAGGCAUUGAUGAGUCGAAGAAGCCUUCUGAUCCCACGCCCGAAGGGGUCCCAGAGUCGAGAAGCCGAGCCUAUCGUCAGGUGGAACCUACCAUCAAGGAGUACAGCAACAGUCUCUACUACAACACUCGUCUCAAGGUUAAAUGGAGAGAGGAUCAACCUGUUGUCAAGGCACAGAUGUUGUCGCUCCGACGCAACUAUUUGGACGAGUUCCAAGUCGAUGAGGAGGUCAAUAAUGAUUGCUUUGUGAUCUUGGAGCCUCUUAGAGUCUCGCCAAUUCCUCUCGAUGUGGCCUUUAUGGUCAUGGCGUUUCCAGCCAUCAUCCAUCGCAUCGAUGCUGCCCUCAUCACCCUUGAUGCUUGCGCCAUGCUGGAUCUCCCUAUUCCACCUGUCUUGGCUCUCGAGGCUAUGACAAAGGACAGCGACAAUUCUGGAGAGCAUGAUGAAGAGCAGGUCAACUUCCAGCCUGGCAUGGGCAGCAACUACGAGCGACUAGAAUUCCUAGGCGACUCAUUUUUGAAGAUGGCCACAACUAUUUCUCUCUUUACUCUUAUUCCUGAGAGCGACGAGUGUGGAUAUCACGUUGAGCGCAUGAUUCUCAUCUGCAACCAGAAUCUCUUCAAUCACGCUGUUGAUCGCAAGCUCCACGAGUACAUCCGAUCCAAGGCGUUUGACCGACGUUCGUGGUACCCUGACCUUCCACUGAAGAAGGGAAAGGCACCAAAGACGGAGAUGCGACACAACCUAGCCGACAAGUCCAUUGCCGACGUUUGCGAGGCCCUCAUCGGAGCUGCCUACCUGUCUGGCAAAGGGGGUAGCAUGGACCUGGCUGUCAAGGCCGUCACGCGUAUGGUCAAGAGCAAGAAUCACAAGAUGGAGAAAUUUGAGGAUUACUUUGCCGCCUUCAAGAUGCCAGCCUGGCAACAAGCCGAAGCCAACGUCAAUCAACGCCGUCUCGUCGACUGUGUAGCUGAUGCUGUUGGAUACCGCUUCAAAUGGCCUGCACUUCUCCGGAGCGCAUUCAAGCAUCCUUCUUGGCCUUAUGAUCCAGUGCCAAACUACCAACGCCUCGAGUUUCUAGGCGAUGCCCUGCUGGACAUGGCCAUUGUCGACAACUUGUUCCAGCGGUUUCCUCAGGCUGAUCCUCAAUGGCUGACUGAGCACAAAAUGGCCAUGGCCUCGAACCAGUUCCUUGGGUGUCUCUGCGUGAAGCUCGAUCUUCACAAACACCUUACCUCUACUACAUCCUCGUUGAUCGGGCAAAUAAGUUCGUAUGCGAGUGAGCUUGAGCUGGCCGAAGAAGACGCGCGUCAAGAAGCCAAGGCGAAUAAGACUGCCAUGCGCAAAGAUUUCUGGCUCAGGGCAUCUGCGCCGCCCAAAGCCUUUGCGGAUGUCAUGGAGGCUCUCGUAGGCGCCAUGUUUGUCGACGCCAAGUACGACUACACGGUUGUCCGCAACUUCUUUACACGCUUCAUCGAACCGUACUUUGAGGACAUGGCACUAUAUGAUUCGUUUGCUAACAAGCAUCCUGUCACGUAUCUGUCCAAGAAGAUGCAGCAAGAUCUAGGCUGCACCAACUGGCGUGUCAGCGCAGAGAACGUACCCUGCGGUGUGGAGGAGGGUAUCGCUGCCCUAACAGAGAGUGACGUGGUGGCUGUCUUUAUGGUACACCAGAAGGUCGUUGCCAAUGCUACGGCCAAGAGUGGACGUUACGCCAAGAUUGCUGUGGCGAAGCGGGCUCUCGCGAUGCUUGAUGAGCAUGAGGGAGACUUUGAAACGAUGAAGCGGGCUCUGGGAUGCGAUUGUAAGCCUGGGGCUGUGCAAGAUGAUGUUAAUGAUCAUGGAACAGCAAUCUAG